AUGGACCUGUUCACCAAGGUGCUCACCAGGGCUAGGGACUUCGCCAAAUCCAAACCCGGAUUAUUUGGCCUGCUGUCCGACAACACUAUCACGGUAAAAAAUCUUCUCUUCUCCGCUGUUGUGGUUGGGUUGCAGCAGCUACUGAGCUCCGAACUUUUCGAUUGUCCCUUGGAAAAUCACGUGUGUUAUGGCGUCAUGUUCCUUAUGGCCCCAUUUUUCAUAGUGCUGAUCAUGAACAUUCUACUAAUUGGCGACGUAUGGAAGGUUACCGAUAGGUGUUGUGUACCGUACUAUAAGCGAAAGUUUGAUUGUUUACGUCUUAUUCCCAACAUCUGCAAGUCCCUUGUUGGUCCUUUUGUCUGGCUGAUAGCAUCUUUUGUGGACGGCAAGUACGUCGCGUGCUUCAUGGUUGGUCAGGACAUGGAGAAACGAAAUCUUACCGACGAUAUGGAAAUUGAAAAGUUGGAAGAGGAAUUCGCAAAAGCCAAAGCCUGGUCGCAUAUUUCAGCCUGGAUUGCCUUUUUGUGUUUGGUACUUGGAAUCGCUGUAAUAAUGACUAUAAAGAAGUGUUACUUUAAGGACAAUAUUCUUUGGGAAGGUACAGUUUAGAAUUUUUAAGGUGAUAUAAAAAUUUACUUCAUUCUCUCUUGUUGUAAACUGAUUACAAGGUUUUUUUGUGGCAUUAAUGUAACUUCGUAAGUCAGAGUGGCUGUUACAAUUGGUUGCCACUCCUCCCAAGCGCCCCCCCCCCCCCAACUUGCGUCAUCGAAUGACCUUCACUUACGUGCGUGGGUUUGCCUACCACCAGCGCCCAUAGAGACCAAGCAGUAGAACAUCCUAUGUUAAAUUGGACCGGGUUGACGGAAAGUGGCGCCCUAUGAUUCACUGAUUGCCAAAAGGGCUGAUUUUUAAUAGUAACUACUUUUCUUGGUUGUUAGGCAAACUAUGAUGAUCACGAGUUGUCAAUUUAUUACACUUAAUAAUUAAGGCCAUUUUUAUUCCCAUUCUCUUUGCGUAAUGUCAUAACGCGAGCGGUCACGAGUCGUUCUUUUCUCAGAGCCAGGCGCGGGGAGCGAAGAAGUAAAAUUAUGCAAAUAAAUGGUAAAAGGAGGGGAGAUUAAGGAAGUAAGAGAAUUGUCGCAGCCUUGUCGUGUAAGUAGGUUCAUGUACACGUUAUGAUCAUUGAUUUUUUUUUUUUUUCAUUAUUUUAUUCUCUUUAGACCAAUACACCCUUGAUCGGCGAGAAGCAGUAGCGGCGAUGUUGACCUUCCGUGAUUUUAUAGAACAUCCUAAUGAGCACGAUGACGUUAAAACCGGACCAAAUAAAGCCGGUACCUCGGCGCAACGUUCCGCCUCCGCUCCUUCUUUAAGCGGGACAGGUACUCCUAUUGCCACCAGUUCAAAACUCGUGAUUAAAUCAGCUCCCGUUGUAAGUGACUCGGCUGGAGCAAGUGCGACGGCUAUAUCUGUUCUUUCCAAUGACACCGAGGGAAAUCGCGGGAAAGAUAAGACAAAAGACGAGACUGAUGGGAAACAAGUUAAGAUAAGUCUUUGGAAGAGAGCGUGGCGCUGGCUUACAGGAAAUGAAGAGGAAGGUGGGCAAAACGACAACGCCGAAAAGGACAAGGAAAAAGGCAUCACAGGUCGUUUUAUUGGCAAAGAGGAGGAAAUUACAAUUUAUCCUGAAGGUAUUCCUGAGCAGACAGGUAAAAAGUUUGUUGAAGAUCUGUUUGUUGGCCGGUCAAGCGACCCCAACUGGGAUUACCAUAAAAAGUGUGACGAAUUCAAAAAGAAGUACCCGCGGGUUACAACUGGGUGCCCAAAAGACCCAUGGGUUCGGCAUGACAAGACGAAGGACGAAGUUGAUUCUCAGAAAGAUCCCCGAGAUUACUUCCCUUUAAAUACACGAGAUAUUGAGGCGACGUCUUCCGUUUAA